AUGUCCCCUCUCCAUCAACCUCGAUCAGGUCCUUCUCGAUGCUACGCCAACUGGCAAGAGUUCAUGUCUUGCUACGCUUCGGCCGAUACGCCUACGCAGUGCAUUCGACCCAGGGACGAUUAUCUGGAGUGCUUGCACCAUACCAAGGAGGUGAGUCUCUUUGCGCGAUCGUCGCUGCAUGGCGGACGCGCGAGGCUUUCGCAGAGCAGAGCAGAGCAGAGCAGAGCAGCGAGAGAAAUGGGUGUGGGUGGUGAGGAGGAGCAGUAGCGGUCAUUCUGGCUCCAGAUUGCGUCUAGCACGCACGCACGCACGCGGCAGUGGGAGUAGACUGUCUAAAGUUGCACUCGGCUAGGCCUUGGUCGAUGCUUCAUUCGAUGGAGCGGCAGGUUCAUGCAGCGAAGGGACGAUGCCGUGCCUGCUUGCUUGCUGCAAGGCUCUCAGAAGAGCCCAAACUGGGACGCUGUCCCGGUGGACAAAAAGCCCCCGAUCCCAUCGUUGCUGAACACGCACGCUGCUUCUCUCCUCGCCUUCUCACGCGUCCCUAUUCAGAUGGCACGAGCCAAGACGAUCCGAGAACACUGGAUCCAGCGUCAAGCUCACGAUGCCAAGAAAGCGCGAGAAGCUGGAGAAGUUCGAGCUACGGGCAGCAUCAUGAGUUUGGGACUUGUGGAGCAGGGCGCAAAGGGAGAACAAGAGCAGCAGCAGCAGCAAAAAGAGUCCAAGUGA